CCAUUGCAGAUGAUCUGAGAGUUCCUCUUGAUUAUAAUGGAUGACCAAUGCCACAUUAUAAGCGAGUCGGGUGAGGCAAAGAAACGAUUUUUAUCUCAGGUAAACAAAGCAGCCCCAUCACGAAAAUAUAUGUGUUUAAUUUAUAAAGGUGUACCAUAUCGACUUGCUACCGAGAGUAAGAUCGGUGAUCAUGAUCAUUUUUGUCUCGAAAGAAUAAGACCAGCUAAUGAUCGUUUCCCGUCUAAAAAUGUCGCUUAUGUGACGAAAUAUGGGACGCUAUACAAUACAAAAAUUGAUUCUCUUGCUGAUAGAUUGCUGGCUAAAAUAUUGAUGUAUGUGCCAUCACGUGAAAGACCAAAACUUACAUUGGUAUGCGAACAAUGGAAAAGAGUCGUGAUGAUGUUUCGGGAUGAUGAUUCUUGGUUUGAUGUCAAAAAACUUGAAUUAAUUUAUUGGCGAUAUGAUAAAUAUUUAACGAGCGAUGGAGGAUACGAUUUUGUAAAGUCACAGAUCAAUAGAUGUGGUCGUUAUUUAACGAAAUUAGACUUGACAGCUUAUGGUGAUAGUGAGAUAAUGCUAUUCAUUAAAAAUUCUUGUCCAAACCUCGUAACACUUCGCUUGAGAUUCACCGAGAUGAAAGAAAUAAUAUUAGCUAAUUCAUUCACAUGUCUACCUAAAUUAAAAUUAUUAACAAUUAUAUUUCAAAGUAUGAAGCCUUUACCAUUGUUACCCAUUAUUGUUUUAAUCAAUUCAUUGAGAAACGUUGCUGAUACAUUGAUUCAGUUAAGUCUCUUGUAUUGGAUUGAUGACUUAAGAGACAUCCCUGAUUUUACAGCAGUAAUCGAUGAUGUGCUUCAUGACUUAAAUGCCCUGAAAACUUUGGAACUUGCUGGUGUAAAAGUUUCUGAUAAUGUAAUCAAUUAUCUGAAGAACAAUAAAAUUUUAUAUGUUAAUCAUACUACGCACCUUCUACAAUAUCUUUCUACAUUCAAAACUUUCACAGAUAUCAAGAUAUUACGAAUUUCAGAUUGCAAAAUAACAAAUGAUACAUUGUAUAGUAUUGCCAAUACUUUUCAGAACUUGGAAACAUUAGAAAUAUAUAGUACCUGGGUAACCGAUGAUGGUGUAUUAGCACUUUCAAAAAUGAAUAAUUUACAGAUUCUUAAUUUUCAUGGCCAAUGUAAUUACAUCACUGAUUCUUCAAUCAUAUUGCUAAAAAACUUGAUAAAAUUAGGUUUACCAUCUAGCAAAAAAAUUACUGAUGAUUCAGUCAUAACAGUUCUUAAAAAUUCACCAAAAAUGAGUGUGCUGGAUGUUUACGGCACAAAUGUGACUGCUGAAUUAGUCAAAAAAGCAGCAGAAAUAUCAAGAAGUCGAAAACAACGUCUCAUCUUCUGCAUUGAAUCAAUGCCAGAUAUACAACAAUAUGAUUCGCCUUAUUUUGAUUUGCAUACAUAUCAAAAAAUAAACGGAGAGCGAAGACUUGUAUCUGUCAGUGCAAGUGAUCACGCAUUCCCAUCGAAUUCAAGUGGGGAAGAACCAAUCUGGUGA